AUGGUAAUUAGUCGAAAUUGGAAUCAGAUAUUAGAUGAUUAAGAACAAACACUCUUGUAAAACACAUACUUAAAUUCUGAACAAAAAGCAGAUGAAGUUUAGAGUCUGAUGAAAAUGAAGCCUAAAACUUCAUGUUAAGUUAGAAAAAAAGUAUCUUGGGCUAGAUGCUUAAUUUAAUAAACUUUGAAAGUUGCUUUUUUUAUCUCUUUAUAAUCAGAGAAGAAAGUUAAAUCAAUUUUAAAAAAGGAAAAUGUUUUAAAUUUUGAUGACAAUAAAUCUUAUUCAAAGGCUAACCGAAGUAUUUCAAAUUAAAAAUCUAGAAAUUUAGAUGAGGAAUAAUUUGUAAAAAGAAAUAAUUACAGUUAAAGGAGUAAGAAACUAAUGACUUUAACUCCUUUUAAUAUAAGGAGAAAAAAUAAUCAAAGCUUGAGUAUUCAAAGUAAAAAAAUGGGAAAUUUUGUAGACACAGAAAUUAACUCCAAAAAAAUGAACUCUUUUUUUGAGAUGUAAAGUAAGUAUAGAUCAUUAACAAAUACACCUCGUUAAUCUAGAAGAUUCAAAAAUUUUGAUAGUUUGAAUAAUUCAUCUUUUUUGGUUGGUAAUUAUUAGGAAACAACAAGAAAGUCUCCUUUACUAAAUGGGAAGGUUUAAUUCAAAUUAGGAUUAUUGAUAUGA